AGAUACAAAGAGAGACACGAGAAGAGAGCAUUAGAGAGAUACAAUACAGGAGAGAGACAUUGACUGAUAGGUAAGGCAUGUUUAAUUUAAUUCCUAUCAAAGUGAUUGUGGUGAAAUGUCAGACAGCUGCAAAAACGAGUAAAAAUUAGUAAAAAUGUCUUUACUAUGAUAGUCUCCCCUUCAAGCAUAUGUAUAUCGUGCUUAUAGUCAUGGUGGAUAUGAUGUAUUAGUAAUUUGUUUGUCUGUAGGACUUAACAAAGAAUUCAUGAAAUAAUAUUGAUGGUGUUUAUGAUUGGCUGGUAGGUGUCAUUAAACUCGUGACAACUAUCAACUCAUCCUUCCGUAUGCCUGCGCAUCAUCAAUUGUAGCAGGACAAGUCAUCCCAAUUACUUGUCAGCGUGAGAAAUUAUUGAAAUGCGUGGGUUCACGGCGAGAGCGUGAUGCCCUGGCUGGGACACUGCUGUAUCUGUACUUGGUUCACAGGUUUUGAGGUUGAUACCAUAGUGUAGAUAUUUUACACACACUGCAAGUGAUCGUACAGGCAAAAAUAGAUGCGUUCCAUCAUGUCAUGUGGUAGCGCUUGUGCUGGAAUGCAAACUAUCAAAAGCCAGUGUAUUUUGAAUACUGUUUUAUACUUAUUUUACAUAAAGUAGCUAAUUACCUGGAACCAUCUUAAGCCAGAGAGAAAUACAAGAAAGUCCUGGACGUUCCUAGACAGAAGUGUUUUCCUUUACUAAUAACAGCAGAGAGGCAGUGAAAAUUGAGCGAUAAACAAGUGAAAAAUUGCUGAAAUGUAUGUAGGGCUGGUUUGCUUAAUUGUGGCGAAACUUUGUAAGCUAUUUUUAAAGAGAAAGGUGUGAGAAUUGUUUCAUAAUGGUUGUUUGUCCUUAUAACAUUGAUGGUUAGAGUUGAUUAUGAACUACGCACUUCUGAUCCUUGAUCUUCUGAUGUACUCUAUCUUUGUCCAUUGAUAAAACACGGUCUUGCGAAUGAUUUCAUUGAUAAUCAUCAUGAUAGAAAUACAUCUUUGCUUGUUCCUUGACUUACUGUUGUUCCUCUUACCUGAAUCGUAUCACUACCACUGAACCUUCUAAAACAAGUACUUGACGUCCCUUCAGAAUGACAGUGUUGUGUAAUGGUUUUGUUAGACUUGCUGCAAACAAGAGUAAAAACCCUUCUAAGGGUUUUGAACUGUUUUGAGUGUUUUGCAGUGCUGAAUCGUCAUCCAUCCUGAAGAUGCUGGUCCUGAUGACUACACUUCUAUCAGGACUGUGUGCCCUCUCCUCAUGCCGUCUUCAUCAAUACCACCUUGUUAACAUCCGAAAGACCUGGACUGAAGCCCAGAGAUACUGCAGAGAGAAGAACACUGACCUGGCCACCAUAGACAACAUGGAGGACAUGAACAAGCUAGUCAAUAUAGCAAAAAUGACUGAUCUAACAAGUAGUUAUAGGGCAGUCUGGAUAGGUAUGCACAAAGGCUGGAGGUGGUCUCUGGAAGACUGUCAGUACUAUGGAGAGGGACAGGCUGAGUUCAGGAACUGGGAGGUUAAUGAACCCACAAAUGGAGCUUCAGAUUUGUGUGCUGGGAUUGGAAGUCUUUCCAAGUGGUAUGACUCUUCCUGUUCAGUUAGAAGACCCUUUGUCUGUAACCAAGGUGUAACUUUUUUCUACAUUAAUCAACAAAUGACCUGGACGGAAGCUAAAAGUUACUGCAGAGAGCACUACACAGACCUGGCCAGAGUGAGGUGCCAGACUGAGAACCAGCAGAUAUCGAAUAUCAAACCUGCAGAUGUCAAUGCCUGGAUCGGCCUGUACAGAGACCCAUGGAAGUGGUCAGAUGGUAGCAAAUCCACCUUCAGAUACUGGAGAAUUACUGAACCUAAUAAUAACUUAGGGAAUGAAUUCUGCGUAGCAUCAGAGUUUGCUGACGCUGGCAUAUGGGCAGACUGGCCCUGUAAUUGGACAUUCCCUUUUUUCUGCAAUAUCCCCAGAGUGCAGCAGCAGGUGGUGAGGAUGAGUCUGACCAGAGAGAACUCUGGUGUGGACCUAGAGGAUCCUGCUGUGAAGGAGGCCAUCUUACAACAGGUCCAGGUGAAGCUGAGAGAGAAGGGGCUGACUGAAGCCUUCCAGCUGAGGUGGAGAAAGCAGCCAGAUGGAAAGGUCUUCCACAAGGAGGAAGAAGAGAGUUCUCAGAGGAAGAGGAAGAAAAGGGAGAGGAAACCAGUUCUGACUAAGAAGGAAUUAUAAAUUUAGUAGAUACAUUUAUUCUAAAUCUGCUUAGUGAUAGAAAACACUAUGUUACCUAUUGUACCAGAUACUGUAUUUUGAUGUUCAUCCCUUUAUAAGUGUGGAGAUUCUUUUGGACUGCAGAGUACAGACACACAUACUGUAUAUCCCAUGUACUUCUCUGUUUUACUUUCUUUCAUACAAAAUGUUCAUAGCCAAUGUGUUUGUUAAUGAAUACAGCUAUCAAUCGUUUGACUUCCUGUAGCAAUAUUUACAGGUAUUAGAGACCUGUAGAGGAAAUGUUAAGUUUUGUUUAAUUUAUCUACUAGUUUAGGCCUCAUUUGUUGAGAACUUUCUUUGUUCCUAUUAUGACAUUCUUGAAUGCAAAACGUUCUUCAUAACAAAUGCUUUUACUGAUUAAUAAACGUAUUAGAGCUGUCAAACGAUUAAAAUAUUGUAGCGACCCACGGAUUGGUCGCGUGUUAACUCGCGCUGUUGGC